AUGCCGGCUGUCCAAGUUUUCAACACAACACGUGUAACAGGUGCAUACGAUAAAUCCCCCCACCCGCAAAUUGGAAGCCAAUCAUUCCUCCACCCAGUUGCCCAACAAGGGAACCGUGGCGCCACACCAUUUCAUCGUCCCUUCAUCACCAUCAAAAACCCAAUCAAUGAAGUCAGCCACACGCAAGAAAAUCAAGUUUCAAUCUUCACUACCAUUCACAACCCAAAACUCAACCAUCACAACUUGCAAAUACCCAAUCCAUACACACACAAAAAUGCCACCCCCCUGACGUCAGAUGCAGACGACCAUGCAGCCAGCCAGCCAGCCAGCCAGCAAGCAACUCCCUACACCCUGCAUCUUGUCUUCAUGCACCUUUCUUUUUUGGGCAUGUCCAUUGGAGUCCUGUUUGGACCUAAGAUGCGGGCGCAGUCCCUCUUCGCCGUGUUCCUCACGUGGAUUCCAAAUUCCCCAAUCGCUGCGUCUUACCUUGCAUAUCUCUCUCUGCUUGGCAAGGCGACACCAAGAGAGAAAACGACUCCCGCACAGCCUUGGCAAACGCCAUCUAGAAGCCCAUCCGUACCUUACCUCGAAUGCAAAAGAACCAAUCUUCUUCACCCAAAUCUCUCUAUUAGCAGUCGUAUUCCUUCUCGCAUGUUUGCUUUCAAAGUCAUGCAGCUACUUCGCGCCAUCACAGUCCACGCUGUCCAAACAAACUACCUUACCUACCCUAGCACCUUUUCUACCCGAAUCCCAAAUUCAUGCAACGACCUAAAUCAUGCCAGACUCGAGCUUCAUAGAUGCCCUGUCAUGUCAGGCGCCAACAAGAUCCUCCCGACGCUACGAGUCAGAUGCCCAUGGGAGACACAGCAUGACAGCACGUAG